UGUCCUUCGUCACUUGCCGUAGCAACAACACAACACAACACAACACGACAGCUGCUAGCUAGCUUGCUUGCUAGCUGUAGUCGGCUGCGUUUUAUCAUGACAAAAUACCUCGAAAUAUGUACGCCGGGGAAAGAAUGAUGUGUCGGGGAUGUAUCUAAAUAAUGGGAAACGUGUUUGGGGGAAAGAGUCGACCUUCACGCGUCACGGAACAGGACAAAGCCGUUUUGCAAUUGAAGCAGCAGAGGGAUAAACUAAAGCAGUAUCAAAAGAGGAUCACCCUCCAGGUGGAGAAAGAGCAUCUUCUGACCAAGCAACUGCUCAAAGAUGGCAGAAAAGAAAAGGCUCUGCUGCUACUGAAGAAGAAGCACUAUCAGGAUCAGCUGCUGGACAAGACAGAAAAUCAGAUCUCAAACCUUGAGCGAAUGGUUCAAGAUAUCGAGUUCAUGCAAAUUGAGCUGAAAGUCAUAGAGGGGCUGAAAGCUGGCAAUGAUUGUCUGAAGAGUAUGCACCAGAUCAUGUCAAUAGAAGAUGUGGAGAGAAUCCUAGAUGAGACCCAGGAAGCAAUUGAGUAUCAAAAGCAAAUUGAUGACAUGCUGGCAGGAGCGUUGACGCAAGACGACGAGGACGCUGUUCUGGCUGAAUUGGAAGCCAUUACUCAGGGAGAAGACAUAGCGCUUCCUGAUGUUCCAGCAGAGCCAAUCACAGAGAAAGCGAGUACACAACCAGAGAGGAGGAGGGCGAAGAACACAGAGCAGAUGUUGUCCGUAUAAAAUUGGACCAUUUUAAUACAGCCUAAUUUAUCAAUACUGAUGGACUUCCGUAUUUCAUCCAGAAUAAAACAUGAUUUUUGUUGUUUA